AUGGCGUCCUCAAUGCGCCUGCCAACGGGCAGCAUCAUUACCAGCACACGCCCAAGCCUCGUCAUUACCCAGUCUUAUGCCUCCGGUCUUCACCAGUACCGAGCCUUUUCCCAGGCAUCGCAACGAUGGGCAUACCGAACGACAAACAUGCGCCCUUCAAGCGUUGCUCAGCCAUCGAUGAAAUCCCGCGCAAAAGACAUGAUGAUGUCGCAGCUGCCGAAUGAUAUUGGUCUCUUGCCUGGCACUUUUGUCCGGCCAUUGUGGAAGGACAUGCCUUCGAUCUUCAAGGACCCGCGAGACCGGAUAUGGAUGGAGUGGGUUUGGAUUAAGAACGUGGUUCAAAAUUAUUUCAGCAUUCUAAUUUUUUGCAAACGAGACCUGAGCAACCUCGAUUUUGUGGCCAACCAAAUGAACGGGCCUUUCUUGAAAAAGUCUAUCACCUGGCCAGGAUUCUUCCGGUUCUUCCACGACGUACCGCGGAAAGCAAAGGCGCAAGAGCUCCUCACCAACAUGUAUACCGCCCUUGCCAAUGGCGAUACCCGUGAAAUCCAGCGCAUUUGCUCCGAAAAACUCGCUACCAAACUGACCGCCCAAAUCAAGCGGCGGCCGGCAAACGAAGAAGUGACCUGGAACCUGGUUAAGUGGAAUGGCAGCCCUCGGGUUCUCUCUGACCGCGCUCUCCGCCUCCCCGAGGUCCCCAAUUCUGGCAUUCGCCAAGUUGUCGUACGCCUGUCGUCCAAGCAGUCUAUGGCCAAGUCCACUCGUGCGAGGAACGGCUCCACCGCCGUCACCGCCCCCGCCAAAGAGCAGGACUGUAUCGAGUACGUCGUUAUCCAGAAGAUCUUCUGGCGCGGCCAAGAUGCGGAUUGGCGCAUCUGGGGCCACGUCAAGCCGACCGACAUGGAUGUCGUCAACAGCGACGCCUCCUUUGCACCUGGUCUGAGCGCCAUGGAACGCAUGGAGAUGAUGAAGGAGAGCCUUGGACGGAAAUAG